AUGAUUUUCUCCUCCGUAGGUCUGCAGCAUGAUUUAGCCUCGAGUGAGGUCAAAGGUCAGCGUGCAAACACUGACGAGUGCGUGUCUUGCGCAGGAAGUGCGAUGGACGUCUUGCACAGCAUGCAGAACUUCCUGAGAGGACGACCCAAAUCCUUCAAAUCCAUCGACCACGCCAUUGAAUGGAGUGUAAAGAGCGGACAGAUCAGAAACCUUGAGUCUGCUAAGGUGUCGAUGGUGGGACAAGUGAGACGGUGUGAGGUGGAGGAGGGAGACUCGGCCGAGCCGGUCAGUCCGGUCACUGAGAGCGUGGUGGAGGGACACGAGGAGUUUUACGACCUCAACUACGUGACGGAUAAAGCGGAGAGCAGCGCCUCAGCGGAGCCGUGCAGCGUGUACAGCUGGAGAAUCGACCUUUCUAAAGCAGAGAAAUACUGGGACGGCUGGUUCAGAGGGAUAUCCAACCUCUUCCUGUCCUGCAACGUCCCAAAACUGCUUCUGCUGGCAGGCAUCGAUCGACUGGACAGAGACCUGACCAUUGGACAGAUGCAGGGUAAAUUCAUGAUGCAGGUGCUGCCCCCCUGUGGACACGCAGUGCAUGAGGACAUCCCAGAUAAAGUGGCAGACGCUUUGGCAAGUUUCAUGAUCAGACACAAAUUCGCUGAAGCUCGCAGCGAAACUAAAAGCUCCUCGUACCCGUUCAUGCGAUGAAAACAUGAGAGUGAGUGACGUUUUUCUCGUCUGUCAGUGUUUGUACAGCCACCAUCUCUCCUGUCUGCACUCGUGCAUGUUUUUGUCCCUCAGAUAAAGCAGCAGACGCCGAGGAACAGGCCCGAAACCUCCGCCAGAUCAAAACAUCCUUCACUUUCUGCAAAAAAAAAAAAAGAAGCUAGUUUUGACCGUCAUUACGCCGAGUUUAGAAUAAAGAUUUGAAUGUUCAUUA